GACAGAACUCCUGAUCUGCACGUUUGGAUGGCGCUGCAGUGGAUGGCAAAGGAUCUCCCGUUAUCACUGGAUGACUUCAUCCCUCGGCACCUGCAGAGGAAAGACAGGUCCACCCACCGUUACACAGAAGACCAGGGGAUCUCUGACGAUGACGGCCAUUUAUACAAGGCCACGAUGGUAGUCACUUCUGAAGACACAUGCGACAGCCCCAGUCCGCGUACGCAGAGGCGGUUGAUCCGUUAUGAAGGCAUUGGGCCGACAGAUGAAGACGGAAUGCCCUUCGCUUCCAGAUCUAGCGUGGACAAACCUCGAGAAUGGUACAAGAACAUGUUCAGGGUUCUCCAUCCGCUGUCAGAUGCUGAGGACAGUGACAGUGAGGGGUCCAUCCAGGCUGAAGACAAGUCACAGUCCCGCUAUGUGACUUCAGUUUCUGGAUAUAUAAAUAAAGAACAGGACAGCGAACCAGAGCAGGAUGAUCAGCCCAGAAGAAGUAAAGAAUCCAACCACCUGCACAUAACACUGAAGCCUACAGUCAGUGAGUCACCAAGAAAGUUAAGCAGCCCCUCCAAAGUUGAGACAUCUGUAGGCCCAUCCAGCUCGUUCCGCUCCACUGGACAUUCUCAUUUUUCAUUGAAUAAAUCAGCAGAAGAACAGCGAUCUCCACCCAGCAAGUCCAUAGAGCCACAGUUUACCCGUCGCUCCACUGGCACAUACUCAACAGUCUCUACCUCCAAACAGCCUCAACAAACACAGGCAACUCACCACCACAAAUAUCAGCCAAGUCCAGAACUGGCCUCGCCUAAUUCAGUGUCUUCUUCUAGACUAUCCUACAGAUCGCGAGUGUCUGACUUUCCUAAUACUCCAUCACUCAAUGCCAGCAAGGGGACAUCUUCUCCAAAAAGUCCCCAUGAUAAGGAUAAGCACCCCUCUUUCAGAGCCAACUCUUCAGUCGUAAGCACUUUAAGGUCCACAUCGAGAGACAGCAGAAAAAACGGCACCAAAGUGUUGGACCAGCUGGAGACGGAGCUGCGUGAGUUCACCGAGGAGCUGGACAGAGAUAUGAAGGCUCGGAAACGCACAGAGAGCCUGGAGGUGUGUGAGGAAGUUAUAUUACGGAGAUCUUCAUACAGAGAAGAUGGCAGCGCUGAGUCAAACCUAAACAGUACUCAGAGCAGCAGAAGUAACACAGACGACAAUCAGGCGCUCUCCCCGGUGGCACAGGCAGUCGUCAAAUUUGACUUUGUGGCACAGUCGGAAAAAGAAAUCUCAUUGGAGCGUGGAAGUACAGUCCACAUUCUGAAGCCAGUGGAUAAGAACUGGUUUUUGGGAGAACAAAAUGGACGCAGAGGCAUGUUUCCCGGGAGCUACGUCAAGGUUAUCUCCCCUGAUCAGCACGAUGGAGCCGACACUCCCCAGCUCUCAGCAAUUGCUUUGUAUGACUUCAAGGCUGACUCUGACGUAGAGCUCCCGCUACGUAAAGACUCCAAUGGCGUCACACUCAGGGAAAAACCGCGUAUUGUCAAGGCACCUGCAUCCAAUAAACUGCAGCAGCUACAGGGGACUGUGUACCGAGCAGUAUUUCCUUUCUCUCCUAAUAACUCAGACGAGCUGCAGUUGGUGGCAGGGGAUGUGGUGACAGUAACACAGCAAUGUGAUGAUGGUUGGUUUGUAGGUGUCUGCUGGAGAACGCAGCAAUUUGGGACCUUCCCUGGCAAUUAUGUUGUUCCAUAUGUGACUUCUUAGUCCUGGAGACUUAACAAGAGUUUGUGGACAUUCUACAGAAUCCUUCUUGGGCUGGUAGUGCCAACCCCUUCUGAUUCAGUGACUUC